UCUGAUUCGAUUCAAAAAACAUUCUUAGAAAAAUGACUCACUACGAAGAUCACUUUAAAGCAAUACUUGAGUUGCUUGAUAAGUAUGAGAAUCUUACAAAUUGUCAUUUGGUUGAUUUUUUAAAGCACGAUUUAUGGAAUAAAUUCGUACCCUUGUCGAUGAAACUAGAUCUCGAAGAAAUUGCAUCUAAAAAUUUCGGUAUCGAUUGGUGGAAGACAGAAUUGAGUUGCGAGUUAAACGCUUUUAAAAAUAUUACGAAAUCUUUAAAAUUAGAUUCUUGUCCUGGUGUCAUGAAUUUCAAAGACUGGUCAGAAUGUCUAGAAAAGAACAAAUUAGACCAACGAAAAGAGGAAUUUUCUGUAAGAAACAAAUGUCACUUCAUGAAUCGUAAAAAAUGGCACGAAGUAGAAAUUUUCUCACAAGCAAUUUCGAAUUUGACAAAUAGUACCUCCAGUUUGGUGAUCGAUGCUGGAGCUGGUAAAGCAUAUCUAUCAGAAUAUAUGUCGAAAACGUACGAUGUUCCUGUACUGGCCAUCGAAUCAUCACAGUCACAUUACAACAGUGCUUUAAUUCGUAGAGAGCUGAUGAGACGGAAACAAUGUUCAUCUUCCAAGAGGAACUUAUCUAAUACUGUCGGCAAGGAUGAUUUUCAAACAUGUAUGAUUCAUUGGCUACUUACGAUGGAAGCGCUAGAUGGAAGAAGGGCACAUAAGCCAAAACAGCGUUUCGAGCAAAUGAAGGAGGAAGUUUUUGUUUUGUCCAUGGAGGAAGGAGGAAGUUCUUGUUGUACCUGCAGCAGGUGGAGGCGAGCACACCUUGUACAAUACAUCAUGAAAAGUAUAGAUAAAACCACAGACUAUUCUGAUUUGGCUGCUACUCACUUACCCAACUACAAUGUCAAUAAGAAUGUAAUAUUGGUCGGCUUGCAUACGUGUGGAACUCUGACUCAUUCUAUGGCUGAAUCCUUUGUCAACACUAAAGACAUAAAAGGUUUGUGCGUUGUUCCAUGUUGUUAUCAUUUAAUGACGGAUUCACUUACGGGCAAACAGAUUUUCUCAAAAAAUUCCAAAAUGCUUGCUCAACAAUCGAUAGAUAGGACUUCUCGUAAGACCGAACCGAUGAAGCCCACAUUAUUUUAUCGAGCAAUCUUGGAAAUUCUUCUCAGUUCCAUGGGACUCAAUGAUGCCAAAGUCGGACGAGGUGCACCGUUGACAGAUUUCCCUAAUUACGCUCAGUGGGCAUUGAUGAAAAUCGGUAUACCUUCAGAACAAAUUUUUUCUCAAAGUGGAAAAGUGUAUCCAAUACGUGGAUUGAACAUCAAGGAUGGAAUCGGAGAUUCGUUAUUGGUGGAGUUCCUGUCAAUGAAGAUUCCGUCUAUUGAGUUUUUGAAGUAUUUCUAUAAAUCUCAUGUAAGCAGCAAGUGGAAGUUUGAGGUUUUUCAGUUGCUAAGAAUACACUUAAGCUCUGUUAUAGAAGCGGCCAUCAUUUUGGAUAUAGUUAUGUACAUACAACGAAGAGGACACUCUUGUAAAACAUCAGUAGUUAAAUUUUUUGAUUGUGCAAUAUCUCCAAGAAAUUAUGCUAUUAUUGCAACAAAAUAAUUUUUUUUUGUCUAGCCUAAUAGCUAAAUAUAUAGUGAAAUGUAAUUUUGUGCCAAAAGUACUGAUUUGAGUUACUACAUAAAAAGAGCGAAAUGUCAUUUAGGCUCUGUACUCUAUAUUACUGUAGUCAGUGAAUUCAGACAAUAUUUUUGAUAAUAUAAAAUUGUACACGAUAUUA